UAGGUGGGCUCUCAGCAGCAGCUAUUCCAUUGUCAGAAGCUUCAGAAUGGAAAUUAUCAACAGGUACAUUACUAUCAAGAACCACGUAGAUGGUGCGCCACAAGACUCUGAUUUCAAGCUCAAGUCUUCACCCCUUUCUCUUUCCCUGGACCCUGGCUCCCAUGAAGUCAUUGUCAAAAAUCUCUACGUUUCAAUCGAUCCUUACCUGUUAAACCGCAUGAAAAGCUAUAGCUUCUCACAACAGAGUUCAGCCUAUGCAGUCGCCAUUACUCCCGGUGAGGAUAUUGAUGCUUAUGGUGUUGGCAAAGUUGUGGCUUCUGGGAACUCUAAGUUUGACAAGGGUGACAUUGUUGCUGGCCUCCUCAAGUGGGGAGAGUUCACGGUGGUAAAACCCGGUGGCAUGUUGAAUAAGCUUGACCUCAUGGGCUUUCCCUUGUCUUACCAUGUUGGAAUUUUGGGGUUCAGUGGACUGACAGCCUAUGCUGGAUUGUUCGAGAUAUGUAAGCCAAAGAAAGGGGAGAAAGUGUUUGUUUCUGCUGCUUUGGGAUCAGUUGGGAACUUGGUUGGCCAAUUUGCUAAAGUGUUGGGUUGUUAUGUGGUUGGAUGCGCUGGAAGCAAUGCAAAGGUAGCAUUGCUUAAAGAACAGCUUGGCAUUGAUGAUGCAUUCAACUACAGGGAAGAAACUGAUUUAAAGUCAACUCUCCACAGGUAUUUCCCGGAUGGAAUUGACAUAUACUUUGACAACGUUGGGGGACAUAUGCAAGAAGCAGUAUUGAGUAACAUGAACAUCAAUGGUCGGAUAGCUGUUUGUGGGGUGAUUUCAGAGUAUACAGAUUGCGGAAAACGAGCUGCGCCGAGUAUGAUCGAUGUUAUUUAUAAGAGAAUCAAGAUUCAAGGAUUUCUGGCCGGUGAUUACUUGAACCUUUUUGGUGAUUUCCUUUCUACAACUUGUGAUUACCUUCGGACAGGUAAAAUUCAGCCACUGGAAGACAUCUCGGAUGGCGUUGAGAGUAUCCCUUCUGCUUUGAUCAAUCUCUUUGGAGGACAAAACAUUGGGAAAAAAAUUGUUAAAAUUGCACAAGAGUGA